AUAUGCUGGUUUCUGUCUGCCCUACGAGUUUGGCAUACCACCAGAACUUCUGGCCGGAGGUCUUCGGGUCCUUUUUUCGUUCAUGUAUUGUUGUAUUCCUUCCAAGUUUGUCUGCACUCAAGCAAUCUUCAGUCUGGUUGAAGUUGUGUGUAUCAUGUUACUUACAACCGAGUUUCUGACGCGAUAUUCCCCUUCUCUGUGAAAAAUGUCUCGGUAUGAUGAUCGUUACAGAGGGAGUCACAGGCGUGACGAUAGAGGUGGAGGUGGAGGCGGAGGGGGUUAUCGUGGCGGUGGUGGGAGGGGUGGGGAUGCUGUGCCCGAUGCUGGGGCUACUCGUUUAUAUGUCGGCCGUCUUUCUACUCGUACUAGAGGUCGAGAUUUGGAAGACCUUUUCGCGAAGUAUGGGAGAGUUCGCGACGUGGAUGUGAAGCACGACUUUGCCUUUGUUGAAUUUGCUGAUGCUCGAGAUGCGGAUGAUGCAAGACAUUAUGUGAACGGAAAAGACUUCGAUGGCAACAGGCUCAUUGUAGAGUUCGCGAGGAGGCGGAUGAUGGAUCAGGGACCCCGUGGUGCCCCAGGUGGUGCUCGAGAAUACCUCGGCAGAGGUCCACCUCCUGGCACUGGCCGUUGUUAUAAUUGUGGCAACGAUGGCCAUUGGGCAAGAGAUUGCAAAGCUGGUGAUUGGAGGGACAAGUGUUAUCGAUGCGGACAGCGGGGGCACAUUGAGCGCAACUGCCGCAACAGCCCCAGGCCAACUAGCAGUCCUUCUCUUUCCCGCUCUCGCUCUCCUAGAGGACAAAAGAGAUCCUCCCGUAAAAGCGUUUCUCGCAGUCGCAGUCGCAGUCACAGCCGCAGCCGCAGCCGCAGCUACAGCCGUUCACCUCCCAGAAGAGGUCGCAGCCCAGUCAAGGGUGAUCGGAGUCCUGCAAAGGACGACCGGAGUCCCAUGAAGGACGAUCGUAGCCCCGCCAAGAGUGACCGUAAGAAAUCAGCCCGCAGUAAAAGCAGGAGCCUUACACCUCUGCCGAAGGAUGAAAAACGUAGUCUUUCUCCUAGCCCUGUUCCCAAUGGCAGAAGUCUGAGCAGAAGCCCGGGUCCUCGUAGCCCAAGUCCAGAGGCUCACCGUGGGGAGCAGAGUCCUCCGCCUCGGGAGAAGAGGCGUAGUAUCAGUCCCAGCCCAGAUCAGGAUAUGGACAAGGAUAGCCCUGCGAAGGAUCUUUCACCCCCACCUCGGAGAAGUCUGACACCCGAGGAAGAGUAAUUUCUGUCUCUGUAGUUAUUCUAGAGAAACAUGAUCAUGGAGAUAGAAGACAUGCAUGGAAAGAAAGGACAAGGUUUGCACAACGUGGAGUAGUGUGGUAGUAGUUAGUAUUUUUUGUACUUACCUGCAUUAUGGACUUUGGGGUUAAGAUGUUCUACUUUACUCGUCACAUCCACCGUGGCAUGUCAACGAAAGACUAUACAUUCUGGAACCAAAUGUAUUGUUUCAGUGAUUUAUUAUAUUUGUAGUUAUCAUCGGAUUGCC